UGAUAUAUUGGAUUUGAGUGUUAAGCCAUGAAUUUGCUACAUUACGUGUCUUUAAGACCAUGCUUUUUGUCCAACUUCCCUGUAAAUGUUCAAACAAUCUCUUUCACCUUAUAAAUAAAUGCAGAUGAACACAACAAUCGGUGAAUUAUUAUCUCUGAAACUGAUUUUUUCUUUGCGCAUCGAAAAUAUGGCCUUUGCAGCAACGGUUAGUCGAGUCAUAUUACUUUAUUGAGGACGAAUAAUUUUUAUUUUUAAUAAAUUUUCGAGUAUUUUACGAUGAACUGAUGAUAUGAAUUUUCGAAUUGGGAUAGAAGCGCUGGAGAUCUUUGAUCAACGCAACCGUCGCCCCGAGGCGUCAAUUCGCUUCGUCAACGGCUCCCAAAUUUGCACCGGAAGUGGUUGGUUCUGCCACCGGAAAGGCCAAAUCAUGGUUGGCUUCAGGAGAUGCAAUGCCUCUAUGGAUGAUGGCCGGAUUCGUAUCCGUGGUGUUGUUUAUGGGCGUCCACACCGCCAAGAACCAAUUGAUUCACUCUCCAUCGGUGCAGGUUAAGAAGAAGAAGAGAGAAAAUUUGGUGGAAGUGGAUGAUCCGAAGACUGUAGUCGGGUCAGCUGAUAAAUUUGUGAAUAAAUCUUUCUUGAGGAAAGUUGGGCAAAUUCAAGACCCUGAGACCCGGGUUCUCAAGGACCCGAAUCGUCGCGAUCCUUUCACUAUCCCACGGAAGUACGAGUCUCUGGAUUUCGCUGGAGCUCACAAGUAAAUUAAAUAGCAGAGGAAGAUAAAGUUUUGAAAGAAAGUAAUUUGGUGCAUUAAUAUUCGCAUAUCAUUUACGAGAAGCAUAUUAUAUUUAUGUUGGUUUUUCUUCUUUCAGCGCUAAUUAAUCCUUCAAUUUGUGGAAAAUAAGGUGCUGUUGACUUGUUGCACGUAUAGUUGACCGUACUUGUAGUAACUAGUAACAGCAGCACGUACGUAGAAAUUUAGAAUAUACGUAUGCAUUUUAAUUAAAAAUUUAUAAUCUAGAGAUAUUACAAAUGUGGGGCGCUUCUUGAUCUAGAUGCAGGGCCGGGGCAAGAAAAAUGGCUCAGAGGGGUCGAAACU